CCACUUGAUACUGCAAUUGCUGCCAUAAGUUUGCCCUCUUAUUCAACUGCAGUGAAAAGAAGAUACAGAACAUAGACCUAUUAAGUGCCUGUAAUAUGCAAUGCCAAGACACAACCAACUUGAUUAACUACAACCGCAGUGCACUAGGACCCGGGGGAUUCCAGCAGCCAGAGACAGUGCAGGCUUUCAGUCACUGCAUGUCAGGACCUGUUUGUUUACUGUCUAUGGUCAGGACACACCUGGCUUUCUGAUCUGAGACAAGUCCGUUGAAAGUCUCUCUGCGAAAUGGAAAUUAUCUGAAAGGUUAAUAAAUCGAAGUUGGCGGCAUCGUAAUGUCUAGAUGGAACUGCAUAUGUGGCAGAGUCGAGUUCACAUAUGGAGCACGCAGACGGUUCAUUUGAGAUCCGAAUCACCGACGAAGUUUCCUGAACAAUGGCAUGAAUGCUGCUCGGAUCGAGCCAUAUAAAGCGCACGAGAAGUGGAAGAUGGAAAACAACAAGCCGAAAGAGCACGACAUCACGGAGGUGGUGGCGCAGCAGUCCGCCGCGAACCCGAGUGAGAAUGGCGUCUUGAUGGUGAUCAACCACGGUAAAGUCCAUCCACCCUUCAGCGUGCUGUGGGCGACCGUCCUGUACUGCGCGGAGUUCAUAUGUGCCUCGGUGCUCAGCAGCACGUACCAUAAGUCUGACGACGUUGUGUGGAUGGGACUAACUAUUACAUUCAUGCUAGUUCCGUCGGUUCUGACCCAGCUCACGCUGACGUUCGUACACCGGGACUUGGGGAGAGACCGACCCUUUGUGCUCUUCAUGCAUCUGCUUCAGAUGGGGCCUAUUAUAAGGUGCAUUGAAGCUCUUGUUGUUUACUGUCAGGGGGGGAAAAAGGAGGAACCAUAUGUUACAAUUUCAAGAAAGGUCAAGCUAAAGCAUGGCAGAGGCUUAGGCCCAGCCUUCGAAUGUGAGAUUGGACAUUCGGAGCGCAAACUAGCUGUCCACCGCAAUGCCUUCAAACGCACAGCUGUCAUCCAGGCCUUCCUAGGCUCCUCUCCACAGCUCACACUACAGCUCUAUGCCACCAUUCAGGAAAAAUAUGUCCUUCCCACACGGCUUACCCUGAUGAUCAUUUCCAUGAUAUCGAUCGUAUACGGAGCUUUAGUUUGCAGUGUUCUGGCCAUACAGAUCAAGUACGAUGACUACAAAGUGCGAAUGAAACCUACUGCCUACCUGUGCAUGAUCCUCUGGCGAGGGUUAGAGAUCGCCACGCGGAUCACCACCUUGGUGCUCUUCAGCACAACCUUAACAGUCUGGGUGGUCCUGGUGGGACUGACCAACCUGUUCAUCUUCUUUUUCCAGCCAUGGGUUGAGUUCUGGACCAGGAAGGCAUCACUGCCAGAGAACAUAGAGAAGAACUUCAGUAAACUUGGCACCACCGUGGUGCUCUGCAUGGUCACAUUUCUCUACGCCUGCAUCAAUAUUUUCUGCUGGUCCGCCGUGCAGCUGGACCUGGCUGACCACGACCUGGUGGAGAAACAGCCCCGCUGGAGAAGCUUGGCUAUCUACUACACCCUACGCUUCAUGGAGAAUGUGACCCUUAUCGUUUUGUGGUACCACUUCAAGUCGGACUUCUAUGAAUACGUUUGCACGCCGUUGCUGGUGGUGCAACUUAUUGUGUGCUACAGCCUGGCUGUACUCUUCAUGCUGAUCUUCCAUCAGUUCUGCCAUCCGUGCCGCAGACUUUUCCACUACAACGUCGAGGACUGUCUACGUUGUGCUUGCUGCUGGAAGAAAAAGCAAUCGCAGCCACCUGAAAACCAUGCACAUGGUCCACAUGCACCUCCUGACCUCACCAACCACCUGAUAGAUCGAGAAACCGAUGUUGUGGAUGAUAUCAUGGAGGCAGCAUGAAAAGCAUCCUCUGUUCUGUUAUUGUAGCGCUGUUUGGGGCCAUGCUAGGCAUAUUUGCACAUAUCCUGACUCAGGAGUAUUAUAUUUAGAUGAUGAACUCUGCUAUAUCUACUAUCCUUAGUGUGAAGGAACAAUUGAUUUUAUAUGGUUUUAAACGCUUCAUGAAAUUUGUGUUUUAUGCCAUUUGGAGCUGUCCUUCAAAGGUG